CUGAUCUCGCCCAUAGGUGGCGCUGCGCACUCACCGAUGGAGGGGGAAGAGAGCUGCAGAGGAGGACACGAUAUAUCACAAUUCACCGUAACAGGCAGUGAAGAGCUAAAGAGGAUGGCUCACUCUAAAGCUCGAGCCGCAGACGGGAAGGUGACUUACCCCCCGGGGGUCAAGGAGAUCUCUGACAAAAUCUCCAAAGAGGAAAUGGUCCGCAGGCUCAAGAUGGUUGUGAAGACCUUCAUGGACAUGGACCAGGACUCUGAAGAGGAGAAGGAGCUCUAUCUGAAUCUGGCCCUUCACCUGGCCUCGGACUUCUUCCUCAAACACCCAGACAAAGAUGUGCGGCUGCUGGUGGCCUGCUGUCUGGCUGAUAUAUUCCGGAUUUACGCACCAGAGGCGCCCUACACUUCCCCAGAUAAGCUCAAGGACAUUUUCAUGUUCAUAACAAGACAGCUGAAAGGACUGGAGGACACCAAAAGUGCACAGUUCAACAGAUACUUCUACCUGCUGGAGAACAUAGCUUGGGUGAAGUCUUACAACAUUUGCUUUGAGCUUGAAGACAGCAAUGAGAUCUUCACCCAGCUUUACAGAACACUCUUCCAGGUCAUCAACAAUGGUCACAACCAGAAGGUCCACAUGCAUAUGGUGGACCUGAUGAGCUCCAUCAUCUGCGAGGGAGACACCGUAUCCCAGGAGCUGUUGGACACUGUCUUGGUCAACCUCGUGCCAGCGCACAAGAAUCUGAAUAAGCAAGCAUAUGACCUGGCCAAAGCCCUGCUGAAGAGGACGGCCCAAGCUAUUGAACCAUACAUCACUAAUUUCUUUAACCAGGUGCUGAUGCUGGGAAAGACCUCAGUCAGUGAUCUGUCUGAGCACGUUUUUGACCUCAUUUUGGAGCUGUACAACAUAGACAGCCAUCUGCUUCUCUCAGUCUUGCCACAGUUGGAGUUUAAACUCAAGAGUAAUGAUAAUGAUGAGAGACUACAGGUGGUAAAGCUGCUAGCUAAGAUGUUCGGAGCCAAGGACUCAGAGUUGGCUGCGCAGAACAAACCCCUCUGGCAGUGUUACCUGGGCAGGUUUAAUGACAUCCAUGUGCCAAUCAGACUGGAGUGUGUGAAGUUUGCCAGCCAUUGUCUCAUGAACCACCCAGACCUGGCCAAGGACCUCACAGAAUUCCUGAGAGUCAGAUCACAUGAUCCAGAGGAGGCCAUCCGCCAUGAUGUCAUUGUUUCUAUAGUAACUGCUGCUAAGAAAGACCUGUCCCUCGUCAAUGAUGCGUUGCUCAAUUUUGUAAAGGAGAGGACCUUGGACAAGAGAUGGCGUGUACGCAGGGAGGCCAUGAUGGGCCUGGCAUCGAUCUACAGGAAGUACGCACUGCAAGGAGAGGGUGGCAGGGAGGCCUCCAAACAGAUUUCCUGGAUUAAAGACAAACUUCUUCAUAUCUACUAUCAGAACAGCAUUGAUGACAGGUUGCUGGUGGAGAGAGUCUUUGCCCAGUAUAUGGUUCCUCACAAUCUGGAAACCGCUGAAAGAAUGAAGUGUCUUUACUACUUGUACGCCACACUGGACACAAAUGCUGUCAAAGCUUUGAAUGAGAUGUGGAAGUGCCAGAACCUGCUAAGACACCAUGUCAAAGACCUGCUGGACCUGAUCAAAAAACCCAAGUCUGAAGCUUCCAGCAAGGCUGUUUACGCCAAAAUCAUGGUGAUCACAAGGAACCUUCCUGACCCGGGCAAAGCUCAGGACUUUGUCAAGAAGCUAGCUCAGGUGCUGGAUGAUGAUGAGCGGAUCAGAGAUCAGUUGGAAACCUUGGUCAGCCCUUCCUGCUCAUGCAAGCAAGCUGAAGUCUGUGUGAGGGACAUCACUAAGAAGCUCGGCAGCCCUAAACAGCCCAGCAAUCCUUUCCUAGAAAUGGUAAAGUUCCUGUUGGAGAGGAUCGCUCCUGUACACAUUGACACAGAAUCCAUCAGUGCUUUGAUAAAACAGGUGAACAAAUCUAUAGAUGGAACAGCUGAUGAUGAAGAGGAGGGUGUCCCCACUGAAGAGGCCAUCAGAGCAGGACUGGAACUCCUUAAGGUGCUCUCCUUCACACACCCAGUGUCGUUCCACUCCGCAGAGACGUUUGAGUCUUUGCUGGGCUGUCUGAAAAUGGAUGAUGAGAAAGUAGCCGAAGCCGCGCUGCAGAUCUUCAAGAAUACAGGCAGCAAGAUGGAGGAGAGCUUUCCCCACAUCAAAUCCGUUUUACUGCCAGUACUGCAAGCCAAAGCCAAGAGAGGCCCCCCUCGCCAGGCCAAGUAUGCCAUCCACUGCAUCAACGCCAUGUUCACCAACAGAGACACACACUUUGCCCAAAUAUUUGAGCCCCUCCACAAAGGCCUUGACCCUGCUAACCUGGAGCAGCUCAUCACUCCUCUGACCACUCUGGGUCACCUGGCCCAACUGGCCCCAGAACAGUUUGCUGCACCUCUGAAGUCUCUUGUUGCCAACUUCAUCGUGAAGGACCUGCUAAUGAAUGAUAGGAUCCCAGGCAAGAAGACGACCAAACUCUGGGUUCCUGAUGAUGAAGUGUCUCCAGAGACUCUGGCAAAGAUUCAGGGCAUAAAGCUGAUGGUGAGGUGGUUGCUUGGAGUGAAGAACAACCAGAGCAAAUCUGGCAACUCCACCCUGAGAAUGCUGACUGCCAUUCUGCACAGCGACGGGGACCUAACUGAGCAGGGCAGAAUGGGCAAACCAGAUAUGUCGAGGCUCCGGCUGGCGGCGGCGUGCGCUCUGCUGAAGCUGGCGCAGGAGCCCUGCUAUCAUGAAAUCAUCACACUGGAGCAGUAUCAGCUCUGUUCUCUCGUCAUCAAUGACGAGUGCUACCAGGUGCGCCAGUGUUUUGCCCAGAAGCUCCACAGAGGCUUGUGCCGCCUCCGUCUGCCGCUGGAAUACAUGGCAGUGUUUGCUUUGUGUGCCAAGGACCCUGUGAAGGAGAGACGGGCUCAUGCUCGCCAAUGCCUGGUGAAAAACGUCAACAUACGCAGGGAGUACCUCAAGCAGCAUGCAGCCAUCAGCGACAAGUUGUUCUCUCUGCUCCCGGAGUACGUGGUGCCCUACACCAUCCACCUUCUGGCACAUGACCCAGACUAUGUGAAGGUGCAGGAUAUCGAGCAGCUGAAAGAAAUCAAAGAGGCUCUGUGGUUUGUCCUUGAAAUUAUCAUGGCCAAGAAUGAGAACAACAGUCACGCUUUCAUUAGAAAAAUGGUGGAAAAUAUGAAACAAACAAAAGACGCACAGUCCCCCACCGAUGGCAAAACAAACGAGAAACUUUACACGGUGUGCGAUGUAGCCAUGAACAUCAUCAUGUCAAAGAGCACCACUUACAGCCUGGAGUCCCCGAAAGACCCCGUGCUGCCCUCACGCUUCUUCACCAAACCAGACAAGAACUUCAGCAACACUAAAAAUUACCUCCCGCCAGAGAUGAAGGCGUUCUUCACUCCAGGAAAGCCCAAGUCAGCUAACGUUUUGGGGGCAGUCAACAAGCCCCUGUCGUCGGCCGGCAAACAGCUCCAGAGUAAAGCCUCUCGCAUGGAGACCACCAGUAACAACGACUCCUCGUCCAACCCGGGUUCUCCACAGCGCACCAAGACCAGGCACGACAGCACAGAAAUGGAUCACAGUGAAAACGAGGACUUCAGCCUAAAGCGAGCAGACAGUGUUGACAAGGACAUUGACAAACCCCGUGGUCGCAAGAGGGGCGUGGCCUCCAGCGACGACCAGGAGAGCAAGCCGAAGCGUGGCCGCAAGAAGGCGGUUGCCAACACGACGGCAGCGGCCGAGUCCGAGGACCAGUGGGACGAGGACACCCGGCCGGAGGACGAGCAGAACAGCCCGCCCAAAAAAGGACGACGGGGCCGGCCUCCGAAGUCGGCCUCGUCCGGCCAGGAGACGCCCGCCAAGGGCCGGAGGGGGCGGAAGAAAGCCACGCCCCCACCAGAGGAAGACGAGGAGGAUGAGGAGGAGGAGGAGAGGGGGGAUGAGGAUGCAGAAGAGGAAGAUGAAGAGGAUGACAGGAGCAGCGAAAACAUGGAGGUGAAGACGAAGGGGGGACGGCAAACCAGAACGCCACGCCGAUCUCAGGGCUCGGAGUCAGCAGAGUCCACGCCGCAGAAACGGAGAGGACGUCCACCCAAAUCUGCCCAGCCAGCCGCCAAGAAACCAGCACGCGGCGGGCGAGCGAAGGCCGCUGCUGCUAAAGACGAGUCUGAGGAAGACGAUGAAGAAGAGGAGGAGGAGCAGGAAGAUGAGCCAACACCAAAGGGUCGCAAGAAGGCCGUCGGGCGAAGAAGAUGA